GUCUUCACCAGUGUUUGUUAUAUAUAUAUAUAUAUAUUUGCCAUUAAAUACAAAUGGAUAUUGUAAUGCACCCGGGUUAAAGGUUGCCGCUGUUAUAUAAAGCUGGGUGAGGAGUCUGCGGCCCUGCGCGUCAUUGGAGCGUUCGGUUGCUAUGGCGACCUGGUAGUUGUUUCUGUGACUUGCUUCAGAUUUUCACUUGGUGCUUUGUUUGGAGCUAGCGAGAGAGUUGCUUACUGCUGCCGUUUGAAAAAAGCGCAAGCAAAAUCCAGUAUGAAAGAAUUGUUAAAAGAAACUUCUGGUCCUCCAACCCGAUAUGCUACUUGCGAAUGGUUUUACCACGCGCCAAUGAACCAAGCAGAUAAGUCAGCCAGAGCUGCUCCCCUUCCUCCCACAUCUCAAGUUCCAGGUUUGAGUGAUCUUGCAGAACCUCAUAAUGAGUCUUUUAAUCAGAGUCGCAAAAAGUGGAUUAAGGAGACUGACUCGGAUUAUGUCAAACUGGCCAAACAAGGAGGUCGACCAGACUUGUUGAAACAAAUUGAAAAUACAACAAAGAAGUCAUCUUCAGUAUGCCACGCCCUUCCAGAAUGGUAUACACAUAUGACUGAAAAUUCACCAGCUGAACAGAGAGAACCUCCUUUAAGAAAUAUUCCAGAUUAUAUGGUUCAUGAAGACUUCAAUACAAGUCAGCAUGAACAAUCAUAUGAAGUUAAAAGGGGCCCUUUUGAUUUUGAUCAGAAAUCUGUUUGGCAGAGGGAUUCUGAUGGUGUCAUUAAAGAAAAUCAUGAUGAUAAAAAGCAGGUGAAGCUACCAGACAUAAAAACAAGGUCUAAGGGUGAUACCAAAACCUUUCUUGGCAAAGGGCCUCCCACAACAAAUGCUAAAAAGGCAACAUCUGGAAAAAAGUGCUUCUUCCCACCUAUGCCAGUGUCUCAAAAGAAAGAGACCGUUAACAUCAGUAAGUUGAUGAGCAAUGGCUAUGGAAACGAUUGGUUUCAGCAACAUGAUGAUCUAGAGAGCAAACUACCAUAAAAGUCCAAUUUGAUCUGAGGAUGGAAGAUGUUUCCUCAGCAAUGAACAGUUUCAGGAGGACAAAAUAAAUGUUACAUGUGUAGAUUAAAGUCUCAUUUUCUAGAACUGUAAAGAUAAAUCUUGCUACACACUUAGCAAUGACUUAUGAUGUUUGAGUAGAGUAUUAAUCAAUACUUAUGUUAGCUGGUUCUGUAUUUAAGGAAAUAAACCAUUAUGCAAAAAGA